CCGUUCACUUUUUAGACUGCUCUAUAAAACCCAACUCAUCAUCACAACAAGCCGAAAUCAUCUCAAAUCAAAGUAGCGUGUCAUUUCAUUUCUCGUUACUCCAACGUUUGUAAUCUUAGCGGUUCGGGUUGAAUCAUGGACGCAGUAGCCAAAGUGAAAAAGGGAGCCGGAGGAAGGAAGGGAGGCGGUCCGAAGAAGAAGCCAGUUUCAAGGUCUGUGAAAGCCGGGCUCCAGUUUCCCGUUGGUAGAAUUGGGCGUUACUUAAAGAAAGGUAGAUACUCGCAGCGGGUGGGAACCGGGGCUCCAGUUUACAUGGCUGCCGUGCUCGAGUACCUAGCAGCUGAGGUUCUGGAGUUGGCCGGGAAUGCUGCACGUGACAACAAAAAGAACAGAAUUAUCCCCAGGCACGUGCUUCUGGCUGUGAGGAACGAUGAGGAGCUUGGAAAGUUGCUGGCCGGUGUGACUAUAGCCCACGGUGGCGUGUUGCCGAACAUAAAUCCGGUAUUGUUACCGAAGAAGACGGAGAAGGCGGCCGGCAAAGAACCAAAGUCUCCAUCUUAUUCAGGGCUUUCUUAUGAUACAAAUGAAACUGUUUUGAAGGAUGCUUUUGGAAAGCAUGGUGAAAUUCUGGAAGUUAAAGUUAUAUGUGAUCACGUGAGUUCCCAAUCAAGAGGGUAUGGGUUUGUGCAAUUCACUUCUGAAGCUGCAGCUAGUGCAGCUAGUAGAGAAAUGGACGGCCUGGUCCUGGAUGGCAGAAGUAUUCGAGUGCAGUAUGCACACAAGGGAUGACUUGUAUUCUGGUUGCUCUGCUUUAUUUAUCUCACAUUUGUUGCUGGUAUCUGAUGUUCUUCAAACUGCAUUCCGCCUCCAUUUGCAUCUGGUAGCAUCAUGUAUAUGGUAUCUGCCAUCCGACGUUCUCCUCCCAUAAAGGCAUUUGGCGAUCCUCCCAGAACUGCAUUUCACCUUCUCUUCCCAAGCAUCUGGUUGCGGCCAAAGCAAGUGCCGCAUUUUAUUCAUUACACUACCCCAGCAACCUGCUGAAGAUGUUUUGGGUACCAAAGUAGUCAAUGAGAAACUUACCAGGAUUUUAGUGAAGAAAAGAAGCUUAAUCAAAUUUUAUAGGAACAAUUUUUUAUGGUAUU